UUUCAAGUAGGAGAACUUGCACAACUGGUGGUUGACUAAAUACUUAUUUUCCCCACUGUACAUGCCUAUACUAUCUAUGAAUAUAGUGGUGCUAUCGUUAGCCAAUUGUAUUUACCCAUGGACACCAUGUAGGGGGCCUGAUCACCGUGGAGAAAGAGGAGGGGAGGUGAGUCAAAAGGAGACGUGAUUAGGCAGGGUGAAGCGUACACAAUUCAGCAAUGUGAGGUGGGGAAUCCAGUAUUAUGUAUUGUGUAAAUCACAAGUGUGAAUAUUUUGACAUCCUAUUCUGUGUUACCUGAUUGCUAAUCCUGGCACUGACAAUCUCUCUACCUGAGUUUGUCUAAUUGCACCCAGUCAUGUGUGAACCCACUCCUAACAUGUGAUAGUACUAUAGAAAAGUGGAAAUGCUGCGCGGGGGCUGCUCCAGGGCCCAGGGGAGCGAGCACGGCCUACCUCUCCUCCCGCAGCUCCAGCAAAGGGGCCAUCGCACCGCAGCCCAGGGCGAUCCCCCGGACCAUCCACACCCCAAAUUGUACCACUUUUGAGGUGGUCCCCUUUCUAGUUUCCACUUAAGUACCAGCUACCGUGUGUUGCAUUGUGUUUUGGAACCUUCACUUUAUUUCUGACUAAUACACGCUGUGUUUUUUGCAUUACUGUGUCCCGAGAAUCAGAGUUUCCAGCACGUGGGUUAUGUUUAGGAUGAGACAAAGCAACCCUACGCUGCUGCUCUGUUGCUCUUGGCAUGGCCUCUUGCUCUGUUAAUAACAUUAUAACAACCGGACGGACCGCCGACUGUCCAUAUUCAUGCAUCCAUAUUAUAUUGUGCAAGAGUUUAUCCAAGCUGUCUUUGGCCAAGAUGAAGAAUACACCCUGGACUGUUUGGAUGAGUCAAUUUUGAUGAUUUUAUAAUGCAUAAUUAAUGUCCUUGUAUGACGGCAUUGUGAGACGACUCAAUUUUGUACAUCUGUUUUAACCAUUUGCUUCUGACAAACUGGAAUCAAGUCAUCCAUCCAUCCAUCCAUUUUGUGUAGUGCUUAUACUUGCCAGCUGAGUUUGGGCAAUAGUAGUAUACACCUUGGCAUAGACUUCAUUAUAUAUUGACGUGACACUUCCGCCAGACCCUGUGCCACGCCUACAGUAGGGGGCCUGCCCACACUUGGCUUCAGUUAAGCUCAAGUAAUGCUUCGCAGUCGGACGCAGUAAUUCUUAAAACCAACACAACGCCGGAUUUAGGUUGAAAAAGUACGAAAGCUGUACCGCAUACAGGAAGGAUUGUCUCAGGAGUGAUUUGUUCGAGGAUUCAAGGUAAUUAUUAUAUUUUUCGUCCCAUGCAUGCAUUUUGAAACGUGAAAAAAAAAUCAAUGGGAUAAAUUAACCGCUACGGUAAUGGCGUCAUAAUUCGCAAUAUUUACGUAAAAUAAACUCUUGAAUAAACUUUUUUUUUGCUUUUAACCAAGAAUCGAGACUGUUUUACAGCCAUAAGGCGGAAAACACAGACAAGACUGAAAAAGCAGUUUCUGCUCUUGCACCCCUCUUUAAAAUAAACUGCUGUAUUUUAAGCAAAAGAACUGUUGUGUUUGAUAGAACAAUAUGUCUAUAUGCUGCCAUAGCAGAUUCAUGGCACAUUAAGUCUCCGAACUAUUUUUAAUUUGUCCGUUUUACCCUGGAAACCCCCAUUUACAGAUGUCGCACAACCACUUUUGUUUCAACCUUGCCAUCAAAAGAAGCCCAGCGAAGGCGCCGCUGAACUGAGCCAGCGAGACAUUCACGCAAGCCUGAUCCCCUCACUGGAAUACUCUUCUUUUGGACAAAUGGUCUGAAAGGAUAAAGGUCAGGAUCUAUUCCAUCCAGGUGUUUGUGAUGAAGCGCCCGCGCGAUGUCCACUUGUGGCUGCUGCUACUCGUGUCAUCUCUCGCAUCCGUCAGCUCACAAGUCAACCCAGGUGUGUGUCGGUACCCCCUGGGAAUGUCCGGAGGGCAGAUUCAGGAUGAGGACAUCUCGGCCUCAAGCCAGUGGUCCGAAUCCACCGCUGCUCGAUACGGCAGGUUGGACUUUGAAGAGGGUGACGGCGCCUGGUGUCCAGAGAUCACGGUGGAGCCGGACCACCUGAAGGAGUUCCUGCAGAUUGAUUUGCGCUCACUCCACUUCAUCACCCUUGUGGGGACGCAGGGUCGCCACGCCGGCGGCAUUGGUAACGAGUUCGCCCAAAUGUACAAGAUCAAGUACAGCCGCGACGGCAGCCGUUGGAUCUCGUGGAGGAAUCGGCAAGGCAAGCAGGUGAUCGAGGGCAACAGGAAUGCUUAUGACAUCGUGCUGAAAGACCUGGAGCCGCCUGUGAUCGCUCGGUUUGUGCGCUUCAUGCCCGUCACUGAUCACUCCAUGAAUGUCUGCAUGAGGGUGGAGCUGUACGGCUGCGAAUGGCUUGAUGGUCUGGUUUCGUACAACGCUCCGGUGGGCCAGCAGAUGAACUUACCCGAGCACACCGUCUACCUCAACGACUCGGUCUACGACGGAGCCGUCAUCCACAGUAUGACCGAGGGCUUAGGCCAGCUGACGGACGGCGUGUGCGGAUUGGACGAUUUCGCAGACAGCCACGUGUACAACGUGUGGCCCGGCUAUGACUACGUGGGCUGGAACAAUCACAGCUUCCCUGAACGCUACGUAGAAAUCAUGUUUGAGUUUGAUCGCAUAAGAAACUUCACCACAAUGAUGGUUCACUGCAACAACAUGUUCACGCACAACGUGAAGACCUUCCAACAGGUGGUCUGCUACUUUCGCUCAGAGUUGGAUUGGGAACCCACGCCCCUCGUCUUCACCCCCGAGAUAGACGACGAGGACCCCGGUGCACGUUUUGUCGCCGUCCCGCUGGCCAAUCACAUGGCCAGCGCCAUUAAAUGCCAGUUCUACUUUGCAGACGUCUGGCUAUUGUUCAGCGAGAUAACCUUCCAGUCAGAUACAGCCAUGUAUAACACAACACUGUCUCCUCCCAAAACAGGACUUCCGCCUGUCAUCCAGCCAGAGGAUGACCCCACCCACAAAGUGGAUGACAGCACUACCCGCAUUCUGAUUGGCUGUCUGGUGGCCAUCAUCUUCAUCCUGGUGGCCAUCAUUGUCAUCAUCCUGUGGAGGCAGGUGUGGCAGAAGAUGCUAGAGAAGAGCGAGACCUUCGCCUACAGUCACAACCAGCCAAGCAGCACCACCAGUGAACAAGAAUCCAGCUCCACUUACGAACGCAUCUUCCCGCUGGGUCCGGACUACCAGGAGCCAUCGCGGCUUAUAAGCAAGCUUCCCGAGUUCGCACAGAGCUCAGAGGAACCUGCCUCCAGCAGUACGUCAACCCAGGAUGGUGUCCCACACUAUGCCGAAGCGGACAUUGUAACCCUGCAGGGAGUGACCGGAGGCAACACGUACGCCAUCCCUGCGCUCGCCAUGGACCUUCUCUCCGGAAAAGACGUGGCGGUCGAGGAGUUUCCAAGGAAGCUCCUCACAUUUAAAGAGAAGCUAGGAGAGGGCCAGUUCGGAGAGGUGCAUCUUUGUGAGGCAGAAGGAAUGCAGGAGUUUAUGAAUAAAGAGUUUUUAUUUGACGUGCCAGAAGAAGCAAUGGUUUUAGUGGCGGUGAAGAUGCUGCGGGCAGAUGCGAGCAAAAAUGCAAGGAAUGACUUCCUAAAAGAGAUCAAGAUCAUGUCUCGCCUGAAGGACCCCAACAUUGUUCGCCUGCUGGCCGUGUGCAUCUACAGCGACCCCUUGUGCAUGAUCACAGAGUACAUGGAAAACGGGGACCUCAACCAGUUUUUGUCCCGCCACGAGCCAGAGGGACAGCUGGCAGUGCUCAGCAAUGCGCCUACUGUCAGUUUUAGUAACCUGUGCUACAUGGCUGCCCAGAUAGCGUCAGGCAUGAAGUACCUCUCCUCACUUAAUUUUGUACACCGAGACUUGGCCACACGUAACUGCCUGGUGGGCAAGAGCUUCACCAUCAAGAUAGCCGACUUCGGCAUGAGCAGGAAUCUAUACAGCAGCGACUACUACCGCAUCCAAGGCCGAGCGGUGCUGCCCAUCCGUUGGAUGUCCUGGGAGAGCAUCCUUCUGGGUAAAUUCACCACAGCGAGUGACGUGUGGGCUUUCGCCGUCACCCUGUGGGAGAUACUGAACUUCUGCAAAGAGCAGCCCUACUCGCAGCUCACGGAUGAGCAAGUCAUCGAAAACACGGGGGAGUUCUUCAGAGAUCAGAAACGACAGAUCUACCUGCCACAACCUGUACUGUGCCCGGACACACUCUACAAAGUCAUGCUGGGCUGUUGGAGGAGAAACACCAAGGAAAGGCCUUCCUUCCAGGAAAUACACCGAGCCCUCCUGGAAAUACAACUUUAGGUCCAUUGCGAUUUAGGGAGUUAAAAACUGUUUGUCUGACACAAUCCAGGCUUAAGCUACUUUUGUGUCACCUGUGUUCGCAUUUGGAAAACACUGCGUGGCGGAUGUCAAUGCGACGAACCGACCACAGAAGCUUCCAAAUAUAUUUACAACAAAACACAACACAGUGUAUGGUUGUGUUAUUCCAGUUUAACUGUAGCAAGUGACAUUCUGCACUUUUCAUGUUGUACGUUGAAAUAUGAAGUUGAAAUAUCCCGAGCGGUCACAUUUUAAGAUGACCAAGGACUCUAUUUUUGCUUGUGUCAUUGUUCCGAAGACUGCUUGAAUGUAGCGGGGAUUUAGUGCAGCAGAUUUCAAGUGUUUCAUCUCAGUCUCAUUGUUGAAUAAGAAGGAAACGUCAACUCUGUUAUGUUGUUCUUUCCCGUGUAAAUGACUGUGUUUAUAUGUUUCAAUUACCUGUAAUUUGUCCUCAUAUUUAUACAUUUUGAUAUUUGAAUGUUUCUGUUUGUAGAAAAAGGCGCCUUCUCUUCAUAUUUGAAGUAUUUAAUCCUUUCAGGGACAAUGGCUACUACAGUGGACAGUUAUUCAAAAGUUGGCACUUAAGACCAUUAACCCUUUCUAGCGCGGGAAUUCAACAAGUGUUUUCUUUUUGUUGUUUUUUAAUUCAUGAUUCGUGCAUUAAAGUGAUAAUUGGAUUAGUAAUUAAGAUAACGGUUUGUGUACAGAUGGAUGCAAGAUGUGUUAGGAAGUAGCUGUUAACAUGAACAAGUUGUCAUGAAAACAGGUGUGGUUCAAGGUGCUCAAAAGGGUCAAGCAUGUGUGUAAAAUGGGUUGAGUGGGUGCAAAUCUAUGUCCCUGAAUCAAACACGCAGUGUUUUUGUACAUCAUUGUAAGUAAAAAUGUUUUAUAUUGUAUGUGUAAACAAAUGUCGUACAAAUGAAAUCCCAAUAUAAAACGGGGAAAUCUAUCCUGGACAGUUUCUUGCAUUAUUAACGGGGCUCUGGUAAAUAGGCGGAGCUUACUCCUGAUGUGAUUUUUUUCUGCUGAACCUAUUGGCUGGGGUUGGACUGCUUCAUCCAAUCACAUCAUGGCGAGGGUGGGUCAUGUAUGACUCCAUGGUGAGUUCAAAAGCCCGGAAUUUUCUUG